GCUUCCGUUGCGCAGCGAACAACAAGCGAAACCGAAAGCCACAGCGGGGCUCAUGUUAGGUGCCCGGGAACGGGGCAGCCUGAGAACAGCCGCCGUGGAGCUGGCGACUCCGGCUCCUUCGGCCGCCCCUGCAGCCCCCGCUCCCGGCAGAAGCAGAGCAGUCUACAGCUCAGCGAUGUCGGAAGAGUGCCGAGACGAGCGCUUUCUUUACAUGAUUUCCUGCUUCAGGCCGCGGCUGAAGCGCUGCAUCCGAGUGCAGCCGGUGCUGGACUGGCUGCCCUCGCUGAGCGCAGAGGAGAAGGAAAAGGUGCGGACGGCGGCGUUGCAGCGCGGCGAGGUGGAGGGGGCCGAGGAGCUGCUGCGCGCAGUGGAACGCGGCCCCCGCGACCGCGGCUGGUACACUGAGUUCCUACUGGCGCUGAAGAAAGGAGGCUGCGACCUGGCCGCUUGCUACGUGAACCCCAGCCAGCUGCCCUCGCCCCGGGAGGAGGACGACCACGACCUCUGCGUGCACCUGGUGCAGCUGCUGCACGGCACGCUGGUGGAUAACAUGCAGACCAGACAGGUGGCUGCGAAGUGUCUGGAGCUGGGUAUCUUUCAGGAGGAGGACCUGGUUGGGAUUGAGACUGUUACUGACAGUCGUGGGAACAGAGAUGGUGCAAGGGAGCUGUUGAGCAGAAUAGUGCAGAAGAAGGACUGGUUCUCUCAGUUUUUGGUUGCUCUACGAGAAACCCAACAUGAAAGUCUUGCAGAUGAUUUAAGUGGAAAUACAGGAGGAACAGAGAAUAAAGAAAAUGAGUUGAAGAACAAUACAAGCAAAGAAACAGAAGAUGCAAGCCAACAUGGACGUGCUGUAACGGAGGAUUUGAAACAGCAAGAAAAUUUGGAUGACAGUUUUGUCAGAGAGAGCAGUGUAUUAGAAACUUCUGUUGGAAAGAACUCUGUAGUUUCAGAAUCACUUGGCGCUGUAGGAGAUGCAAGUGUCAGUAACUUGAAUGAAAACCUGGGACAGAACAGCCCGACCAGUGAUUCAGGUGAAGAUGAAGCAGAGGGCAGAGCUUCACCUGAGCCAGAUCUCACCCUGAGAGAUUACCAGAUGGAAGUUGCAAAACCAGCACUGAAUGGGGAGAAUAUUAUAAUAUGUCUCCCUACAGGCAGUGGCAAGACCAGAGUGGCUGUUUACAUUACCAAAGAUCACUUGGAUAAGAAGAAAAAAGCAUCAGAGCCAGCAAAAGUUAUAGUACUUGUUAAUAAGGUGCCGUUAGUGGAACAGCAUUUACGAAAGGAGUUUAAUCCAUUCCUGAAACGCUGGUAUCAAGUUAUUGGUUUAAGUGGUGAUUCUGAGCUGAAAAUCUCAUUUCCUGAAGUUGUCAAAAGAAAUGAUGUCAUCAUUUGUACAGCACAGAUCCUGGAGAAUUCACUGCUAAAUGCCACUGAAGAAGAUGAAGGUGUCCACUUGUCAGAUUUUUCACUCAUUAUUAUUGAUGAGUGCCAUCACACUCAAAAGGAAGGUGUUUACAACAAUAUCAUGCGACGUUACUUAAAAGAUAAGAUCAAGAACAGAAAGCAGGCAAAAGAAAACAAACCUUUGAUUCCACAGCCUCAGAUUCUGGGACUUACAGCCUCACCUGGAGUCGGCGGUGCAAAAACUAAACCGAAAGCUGAAGAACAUAUUCUGAAAAUCUGUGCCAAUCUUGAUGCAUGCAGAAUAAUGACUGUUAAAGAGCAUGCCUCUCAACUGAAGAACCAGGUGAAGGAUCCAUUUAAGAAAACUGUGAUUGCAGAUGACAAAAGAAAGGAUCCAUUUAGAGAAAGAGUUAUUGAGAUCAUGCAAGAUAUUCAAAAAUAUUGCCAGCUCUAUCCAAAAUCCGAGUUUGGAUCACAGCCGUAUGAACAGUGGGUGAUUAGGGAAGAGAGAAAAGCUGCAAAAGAAGAAAAACGCAAGGAACGUGUCUGUGCAGAACACUUGAAGAAAUAUAAUGAUGCACUGCAAAUCAAUGAUACUAUUCGAAUGGUUGAUGCAUACAAUCACCUAAAUAACUUUUACAAGGAGCUAAAAAGGAAGAAGACAGCAGGGAGUGAUGAUGAUGAAGAACCACUAGUAUCAAAAGAGGAUGAAACAGAUGAAUUUUUAAUGGGUUUAUUUCAUGCAAAAAAGAAACAGCUGAAAGAGUUGGCUAGAAAGCCAGAAUAUGACAAUGAGAAGCUAAUGAAGCUCCGAAACACUUUAAUGGAAGAGUUUACAAAGACUGAAGAAUCAAGAGGGAUUAUUUUCACGAAGACUCGACAAAGUGCCUUAGCUCUAUACCACUGGAUUAUGGAUAACCCUAAAUUUGAAGAAGUGGGAAUCAAAGCUCAUUAUCUUAUUGGUGCUGGACACAAUAGUGAAACUAAACCUAUGACUCAGAAUGAGCAAAGGGAAGUCAUUGAUAAAUUCCGAGGUGGAAGUAUAAACUUACUUAUUGCUACUACUGUAGCUGAGGAAGGCCUAGACAUCAAAGAGUGUAACAUUGUUAUUCGCUAUGGUCUGGUCACCAAUGAAAUUGCUAUGGUGCAGGCCCGUGGUCGAGCUCGAGCUGAUGAGAGCACUUAUGCACUUGUGGCCUCAAGUGGCUCAGGAGCUGUUGAACGUGAAGAUGUAAAUAUUUUCCGUGAAAAUAUGAUGUAUAAGGCCAUUCAACGUGUCCAGCAGAUGCCACCAGAAGAGUAUUUGAACAAGAUUCAGGACUUCCAGUUGCAAAGUAUAAUGGAAAAACAAAUGAAGACAAAGAGAGAUCAGCGUAAGACAUAUAAGAAAAACCCUUCACUAAUAACAUUCCUGUGCAAGAAUUGCCACAAGCUGAUAUGUUCUGGAGAAGAUAUACAAGUUAUUGAAAAUAUGCAUCAUGUCAGUGUGAAAAAAGAUUUCCAACAUUUUUACCAUACAAGAGAAAACAGGACUUUGCAAGACAAGCAUGCUGAUUACCAGGCAAAUGUGGAAAUUAUAUGUAAAGAUUGUGGACAAGCCUGGGGAAAUAUGAUGGUUUAUCGAGGUCUUGACCUGCCUUGUCUAAAGAUUAGAAAUUUUGUGGUUGCUUUUGAAGACAAGAAAACAACAAAGGAGAUUUUCAAGAAAUGGGGAGAACUGCCCAUCAGGUUUCCUAAUUUCGAUUAUGCAACUCAUUGUCCUUCAAGUGAUGAAGAUUAAGGACUCAGAAUGAAAAUAAAGACUUCAAAAUCUUCUCUGGCUGCUGUUGAGAAGCUCCUUUGUCUUGUAGAGUUCUGCACCAUAGACACUGAAACAUAAACCCUAUCAAGGCUCCUGAAUUCCUUAAAAAACUGCCUUGAAGAGGAGAAAAGGCCCAAGGAAGGACAAAGUCACAUGGUAGCUCUCUCUGCUUCAAUUUUUUCUGAUUCUCCAGAACAAAGAACAAAUGCAUUGUAGUGGUGUGCAUUCAUGGAACAAAUUCCCUUCUCAGUACUGUCCAGUGUGGCUUGACAACACUCAAAUGCAUGUUAGGUAACCUGUCUUCAAGCACAGAACAUGAGACAGACUUUUUGAGACUUGCCAUGGUGAUUGUUUUCAGUUCUACUUUCUUCUAUAACCUUUGUGAAGAUAAAGUGUCUUAAAAAAGAAUCCAUGUAAAAAGAGCAAAUUACUUGGUUGUUAUUUCUGAGUCGUUGUUUCUUCAGUGUUUUCAUGAUUUAGACUUUCACCUUAUCUUCAGCUAUAAGCUUAUAGAUUUUUAUGAAGUAAAAUUUCAUUAGAAGACAUUUUAAAAAACCAAGCCCUUAAAUUUACUUGAAACGGAUUAUUUUAAUGUCCAUGAAGCACUAUGCCAAGUGACUUUCUUUGUGUUAGUUUCAUACAAUUGUUAAACUGCCUAUGCAAUAAUGUGGUUUUUUUUCCAAUAAAUGACUGUAAUGAAUAGCAUUUGCCAACUUUGAUGCUGUAUAGUCUGUUUCAUUGUAAUUAUUUUGACAGUAAAAAGACUACAGUUUCACCCUAGAGAUGUAUAGUGGUAUUCUAACUGUAAAAAUAGCAAAAUGCGUCACUGUAAUUAUUUUAUUGACAGAUUUUUCUUCUCUCUUUUACAUAAGAUAUUGGAGUGAGAGAUCUGUUUGUUGUUACAACAGUCAGCUCUGUAAACCCAGUGGUAUGUUUACUGGAAUGGACAUGUAAACACUUCAAUAGCCCAAGGUAAAAUUUUGAAGUUUCAAUUAAGCUAAAGAGUAUAACUCAGCAAAAAGAAACUUCUUACAUCUAGAUUUGUAUUGUUCUACAUUCUUAAUAGGAAUAUAAAUACUUUGUAAAUUAUUUAAAAUCAGAUUUUGUUUCAAGUGUGCAUCAGGACCAGAUUUUUUUUUAUUUUUUAUUUUUUUUUUUCCAUGUUUGACCUUAUUUUGAGGGGGGGAAGUGUCUCAUUUUUAACAGAAAUGUGGCAUGUUUCAAGCAUCAUCAAACUGACAGGCUAAUUUGUGGAGAAGUACUUACUUAUAAACAUAUUAUAGUAUUACAAAACCAAUAUUCAUCCUGAUAAGUUUUUACUGUAGAUGUUUUGUAUAUUCAUUGUGCUUAACCUACAGAAAUUGUGUCUUAUAGGUUGAAAUUGUUCUAAGAAAAGGAAAACAUGUCAGAUGUAUUGAAAGUUCAGAGGCUAUACACAUUAAGAUCUUUCAAGACACUGCACUUCUACAAUUGUAAUGAUACAACUGAAGCAGGAAAAUCCAGUGGGAAACAGAGUAUAAGGAGUUGGUAGUCUAUGUAUAUUUUUAUUGUGUGUGUCUUUACACAAUAUUAUUCCUUGCUUAAAAUAUUUUGCAGUGCAAAACAAAUAUAAAAUCUCCAAUUUCUUUGUUUGGUGUUGCCUAACUUGUUAGAUUUUAUUUAAAAAAAAAAAAAUAAAAUAAGUGAAACAAAAAGAAACCAAA